AUGCUUCUUAUUCAACGUUAUAUGUUUCGAAUUAAACGUUAUUUUCUUCGAUUUAGUCUUGCGUGUCGUAAACGACAAAAAUUAAAACGUUUAUUUAGAAUAUUUCUUAUUUUGAUUGUUGGCCUUUUAAUUUUAAAUAUUAUUAAUGGUGUACUUUUUUCGAGUAUAUUAUUUUUUCAAGAAAAUUCCAAUGAACCAGAUUAUGAUCUUGAUACACGGCCAUAUUAUCAAACAAUUGAAAUGAAAAAACGUUUUGAUAUAUCAGGAAAUUAUUUAAUUGUACAAAAUUUUGUACAAUAUCAAAGUAAUUUAACAAAAAAUGCUGAUUUACUUGCACUUAAUUUACAUACAAGUAUUGAAAAACUUCAUUUAUCAUUAAAUCAUGCAAAAGUUUGGGAUGGACCAAUAUCAUUAACUUUAUAUGUUAAAGGUACACGAGCUAGUGAUGAUAUUGAUUAUGCAUCAAUGUGGCUUCGAUGUAAUCAUAGAUUAUUUAAAGUACUUAAUAUUCAUCUUGUUAUGUCAGCAACAGCUUAUGAACGUUCAAUAUCAAAUCAACAUCAUACUCAUAGUGUUAAAUAUGCUGUUAGUUGUCAAAAUCUAAAUUAUAUAAAUCAUACUGAUGAAACUGAUUCAACUCCAUAUCCAUCAAAUCUUCUUCGUAAUAUAGCUCGUCUUGGUACAACACCAUUAACUGUACAAUAUAUUUUAACACUUGAUAUUGAUAUAUUUCCUGCAUCAGAUCUUUUUCAUCAUCUUGUUUCAUUUUAUACUCAAACAACAACAACAGAACAAUUUAAUCGUACACUUUAUGUUAUUCCAGCAUUUGAAAUUCAUAUUGAUACUGUAAAACAUUCAGCACCACUACCACAAAAUAAACGUGAAUUAAUUUUAUUAUGGAAUGAUAAUCAAUUACAACCAUUACAAGCUGAUGUUUGUCCAACAUGUCAAUUUUUAACAAAUUAUCAAGCAUGGAAACAAGAAGCAAGUGAUGAUAAAAUUAUUCCUAUAUUUCGACCACAUUAUUCACAACCAUGGCAACCAUAUUAUAUUGGACCUAAAGAUGUACCAACAUUUGAUCCACGUUUUAAAUCACAUGCACAUGCUAGAAUAAGUCAAUGUUGUGAAACUUUUAUGAAUGGCUAUGAUUAUGCUGUAUUAAAUAAUGUUUAUUUAUAUCGAUUAGGUUUUCUUGAUAAAUCUCAAUUACCAACAACAGAAUUAAUUGAUGAUGAUACAUCAGUUUUACUUUUUGAUCAAUUUCGUGAAGAUCUAUUAAAACAUUAUACAAAUACAACAAGAAAAUGUUGA